AUGGUUGCAGCUCCUCUUCUCAUCGCGAUUGUGACGCUUUGGCCGACGUUCACCGGUUCUGCAGACACAAAAAAGGCCACUGAGCUGGCCAAAUGGACGGCCAGAAAGGAUUUCAUAGAGUUUUGUCAAUCACUCGACUGGGAGCCCGCGGGGUGUGAUCUGCAGCCCGACUCUUUGGGACCACCUCCGGUUCGUCGUCGACAACUGCCAUCCUGGCCUUCUAAUGAUCAUACAGGCUCUGCAUUUAAUCUCAUCACAUUCGUUGCGUUAAGCGUCGUCAUUUCUUGCUUGCUGGUGAAGAAGCAACAACGACGCAUGCGGUCUCUAUUCGAAGGCUCUUUUCACAAAUUGUCACGCUCUCGACUAGGUCAACAAGUAUUCUCCACACCGUUACUAUCUUCCCUAGAAGUCUCAGAUCAAGACCAGACACUGCAACCAACGCCGACAGCCCAUAGCACCGGGCUUGAGGCGGCUGACCACGUACCUCGACGUCGAGUGGUCGGUAGUCGACAUAAGCCACAAAGCCCUCCUCUGGAUGCCUAUGACAGAACAGAAGACGACAAUGAUAUAAAAUUGCAACCUGAGCGGCAUGUAGACUACUUAUCCCAUGUGUGGCAGGAAGAAGACCUCCACCAAUCCUGGAGACACGUGCAAUCACAGAGGACAAACUACGAAAAUGCAGCUCGCCUAGAAAACGCUGCAUGGAGAUCCUGGACUAAAUUCAGACACAAUUUACCUACGAUUUCACCAACUCAUAUUAAUUGGUCGAAAGAUGAAGAUGUCACAUGGCUCUAUGGCCCACUACAGCCUCAGCCUGUUGCGCUGUAUGAGCUGACGGACUAUUCAGAGUGGUACAAACAAAAGAGUGCUCGGAAAAUAGAAACCACCAAACGCACCGCUACUUCAAAAGUCGAGAAAGCUGAUCGACAGGUAACAAUUAGUGGGCAGCUCGGAUUGGAUGAAGCUGCGAACAAAACCUCUCGCCCAAACUUCCAGCAGGGGGGAAACCUCAAGCAUGGACGCCACUUCGGCAAAAGCUUUACGAGAAAUAUUUCCAUCCAGCCAGAGUCAAAGGAGGUUCGCUUCAAAGUAGAAUUUGAGUAG